AUGGAUUCGUGUCCUAAAACACCUGGUAAUGAUGUUCCUGAUUCUGUUAAUUUAGGUUUUAGUGAAAAUUUAAAUUCAACAAAGGUUCCGUCAGUAGAUUUACUUGAUGAUCUCUUUGAGGAAAGCUUAAAUCCUUGGAAAUUUUCUUUGGUUGGUCGUUUAGAUUUGCAAAAAAUUAAGUUCAUCGAUGCUGCUUUAAUUCUCAGAAAUCAAUGGAAAUUAGUUGGACAUUGUAAACUUAUUCCACUAGGAAGGGGUUUCUUCACCAUUAAACUGGAUAAUAAAAUUGAUAGAGCAUAUAUUAAAUCAAGUAUAUGGGAGGUUACAAAUCAAAUUCUUAAAGUCAGAAAUUGGGUUUCAAAUUUUAGGCCAGCAAAUCAAAGGAGUUCCAAAGCUCAUGUGUGGAUCACAUUACCUGGAUUAGGCUUGGAAUUCUGGAGGGAGAAAAUUCUGUUCUCUAUCUGUAAGGAAAUUGGUACACCAAUUAAAAUUGAUGCUGCAACUGCAAAAUGUGAAGUAGGUUAUUAUGCAAAUGUUUUAGUUGAAGUGGAUUUUGCUCAAUCCAAUCCUAACAAAAUAUGGAUGGGCACAAAGCUUGGUGGUUUUUUUCAAGACAUUUUAAUUCCAGAUUGUCCUAAAUUCUGCUCUACCUGCAAAAUUAUUGGUCAAUUAGUUACAGAAUGCAGAGUUGAAAAAAAACAAGAUUUCAGUUACUCAAAGAGCUGGUGUUCAACAAAGACAUAUUCUAAGAAGACAAGUCCAGAACUCUGCUCCUUUUGA